GGCAGUUUUGCUUCAUAGUUAAGCAGAAGCACCAGGUCAAACAGGUUCCUUGGAGAGAUCCUGAACUCUCACCUAUUCCUGCAGAAGAAGAUCUAUGCGUUCAGACCUUCAGAGUCAGCUCACCUCAACAUGGCUGGCCAUGAAGACACUGAGGUGAGGAUCAUUCUGGUAGGGAAAACUGGAAGUGGUAAGAGUGCUACAGCCAACACCAUCCUUGGGAGACGUCACUUUGAGUCUAAAAUUUCUGCCCAUGCUGUUACCAAGACCUGCCAGAAAGCAUCCAGGAAGUGGAAGGAGAAAGACCUUCUUGUAGUUGACACUCCUGGGCUCUUUGACACCAAGGAGACCAUGACAACCACAUGUUCAGAAAUCAGCCGUUGUGUCCUCUACUCCUGCCCUGGUCCUCAUGCCAUUAUCUUGAUUUUGCGUCUGGACCGCUACACUGAAGAAGAGCAGAAAACUGUUGCUCUGAUCAAGGGUCUUUUCGGGGAGGCAGCCCUGAAGUACAUGAUCAUCUUGUUCACUCACAAAGAAGAUCUUGAGAACCAGAGCCUUGAUAAUUUUAUAGAUGAAGCAGGUGAGAAGCUAAAUAAUAUUGUCUCCGAGUGUGGAAAGCGCUACCUGGCCUUUAAUAAUAGAGCAGUUGCAGCUGAGCAAGAAAAUCAAGUCCAGCAGCUGAUAGAACUGACAGAGAAAAUGGUGGCCAGCAAUGGCGGAUCCUACUUUUCUGACAGGAUAUAUGAGGACAUAAAUAACAGGCUGAACCAAUGUCUAAAGGAUCUGAGGGAGGAUUAUACUAAAAAACUCAUUAGUGAAAUCAAAAAAAUAGAAGAGGAAUACACUAAUAAAUCAGAAAAGGAGGCACGACUUAUUUCUGCAAGGAAAAGUUAUGAUGAGAACAUAAGAAAUUUGAAGGAAAAGGCUGAAGAGAAUAUAAUUAUGUAUAUUUUCCAAAAGAUAAGAGAAAUUCUUUCAAAAAUAUGGGAAAAGUUAUGACGUAAAUUUUUUCUUUUUUUAUUAAUGGCAUUUAUUCUUUGAUAAUUUCAUAGAAGCAUGUAUACAAUGU